UAUGGAUGUAUCCAUAAAUGAAGUCGCUGCUUGCAGGUGGUGUUAUCAAAUGCUCUGACUGAUAAUUCCAGAACUGAAAAAGUCAAAAAGGUCGAUAUCUUCAAAUUCUAACCAGUAGGAAUUUCGGAAUUGUCAAACUAUGUUCAGGACUUGCUUAUCAGGAUGUUGUCUAUAAAAGGUACGCACAACAAUCACGGAUCCCUAAACAAGGUGCAUGGUGCAGAUUCCAAAAUGGCAGAAGAAGAAGUGAAGCUAAUUGGAAUGUGGGCUAGUCCUUUCAAUUGCAGAAUACGUCUGGCCCUGAAACUGAAAGGGAUCGUGUAUGAGUACAUUGAAGAAGACUUCUCCAAUAAGAGCUCUUUGCUUCUCGAGUAUAACCCAGUUCAUAAAAAAAUUCCUGUGCUCGUUCACAAUGGAAAACCAAUUGCAGAAUCUCUUGUCAUUCUUGAGUACAUUGAUGAGACCUGGAAAAACAAUCCCAUUUUGCCUGAGAACCCCAACGACAGAGCCAUUGCUCGUUUCUGGGCAAAAUUCGUAGAUGAAAAGAUCUUGCAAUCGGCUGUCCAGACUAAAGGGAAGCAGGUAAUAAACCAGCAGAACGAAGAAUUAGAUCAAAAUCUGAAGCUGCUUGAGAAGGUGCUAAAAGGGCAGGAAUUCUUCGGAGGAGAGAGCAUCGGAUACUUGGACAUUGUGGCAUUUGCUGUAUUGUACUGGUUCCAAGUGUCUCGUGAAGUUAGGCAGACGGAUUUUAUCAGUGAAAACAAAUUUCCAUUCUUGAGCAAAUGGAUCGGGAAAAUGAGUGAAAUAGAUGCGGUCAAGCAAUCCUUGCCUCCAAGAGGGGAACAUCUUGCCUUUUAUAGAGGUCGGAUUGAAGGUCUGAAGUCUGCUUCCAACUAAAGAGAUGCCUUAAUUAGUAGAUUUAAGUUUUCUCUUCUUUUUGUUUUUUUUCUUUUGAUCUCAUCAUCAUCUGUUUGAUAAUCUUGUCAAACCUGGGUGAUAGAUACCUUUAUGUUCAAUAAGUUGGUGUCAUCCAUAUUCAGAAUCUAUAUGGAAAUUCCAUUUCCAGAUUGUUGCCAUUUGAAGGGAGCCUAAUCAAAUAAAAGGGGCAUAAAACCAUGUUACUUACCAAUUGUUAGUGUGCCCAAUGCAUUUGUGGUACCACGUUGCAUCCGCAAACUGCAAUGGCAUUGUGCUUGGAGUAUGUGUCUGAGCAUUAUUGAGGCCAACUGACAACCAACCUGCUACUUUAAAUAACCUGGCACAUCCUACCAGCAUGGCAAGGUAUCUUGAAUUGGGUUUGCCAAGGCUUCCUUGAUGUGAGCUUCUACGAUGCUGCCAUGUCGCCUCAUCUUUCUACCUUUCUUUGUUAAGUUUUAUGGUUUAUGGUACAACGUAACAAUACGGGCGGUGGAAAGCCAUUAAUGGGGAUGGGGCCUAGAAUUCGUGACUAGAGACUCGCAUCUAAGAGGAUAAAUUAGGAUUUCAAACGUUGCAGCAUUGUGUUGUUCACAAAGGAGAAAUUUUCCACUUUAUACUAGUUGGUUGAGAAGCAGUCGUUGUUAUUAAUAUCUUUGGAGUUGGAGAGGCAAAUUCCACAAUACAAUCGGUCUGCCCAUAUUUGUUUGUUUA